GUCAGACAGUUACCGCGUUGCCACCACACAGGACAAAGUUGACCGCUCCCCCAAGAAGAAGAAGGGGGAGAAGGAUAUGGACGACCUGAAGAAGGAGGUGCCCAUUACGGAACACAAAAUGUCCGUAGAGGAAGUAUGCAGGAAAUUCCAGACCGACAUUGUCCAGGGACUGACCAAUGCCAAGGCUGCAGAGUUUCUGAUCAGGGACGGUCCCAAUGCUCUCACCCCUCCUCCCACCACCCCGGAGUGGGUCAAGUUCUGUCGCCAGCUUUUUGGUGGGUUCUCCGUCCUGCUGUGGCUCGGUGCCAUCCUCUGCUUCCUGGCCUACGCCAUUCAGGCUGCCACUGAGGACGACCCUGCAGGAGACAAUUUGUACCUAGGUAUUGUGCUCACAGCUGUUGUCAUCAUCACCGGUUGCUUCUCAUACUUCCAGGAGGCCAAGAGCUCUAAAAUCAUGGAGUCUUUCAAGAACAUGGUACCCCAGCAAGCCUUGGUUAUCCGUGAGGGUGAGAAGGUUCAGAUCAAUGCCGAGGAGGUGGUGGCUGGAGAUCUUAUUGAAGUAAAAGGAGGAGACAGGAUCCCUGCCGACAUCAGGGUGGUCUCUGCUCACGGCUGCAAGGUGGAUAACUCCUCACUCACAGGCGAAUCAGAACCUCAAAGCAGGUCACCUGACUGUACUCAUGACAAUCCUCUGGAGACCCGUAACAUUGCUUUCUUCUCCACUAACUGCGUGGAAGGCACAGCUCGUGGCAUUGUGAUCUGUACUGGUGAUCGCACCGUCAUGGGCCGCAUCGCUACACUGACCUCUGGCCUGGACACUGGCAAGACCCCCAUUGCAAAGGAGAUUGAGCAUUUCAUCCACAUCAUCACAGGCGUGGCCGUCUUCUUGGGUUUGACCUUCUUUAUUCUGGCCCUCAUUCUGGGAUACUCCUGGCUGGAGGCCGUCAUCUUCCUCAUUGGUAUCAUCGUGGCUAAUGUGCCCGAGGGGCUGCUGGCUACCGUCACUGUGUGUCUGACUCUGACCGCUAAGCGUAUGGCCAAGAAGAACUGCCUGGUUAAGAACUUGGAAGCUGUGGAGACCCUGGGCUCCACCUCCACCAUCUGCUCCGAUAAGACCGGCACCCUGACCCAGAACAGGAUGACCGUGGCCCACAUGUGGUUCGACAACCAGAUCCACGAGGCUGAUACCACCGAAGAUCAGUCUGGUGCCUCCUUUGACAAGAGCUCAGUGACAUGGGUGGCCCUGGCUCGCGUUGCUGCCCUGUGCAACCGCGCCCAAUUCAAGGCAGGCCAGGAUUCGGUGGCCAUCCUGAAGCGUGACGUGGCUGGUGAUGCCUCCGAGUCUGCCCUUCUGAAGUGUAUUGAGCUGUCAUGUGGCUCUGUCAGGAGUAUGAGGGACAGGAACAAGAAAGUGGCUGAGAUCCCCUUCAACUCCACCAACAAGUACCAGCUCUCAGUGCACGAGACAGAGGACCCCAAUGACAACCGCUACCUGCUGGUGAUGAAGGGAGCCCCUGAGAGGAUCCUGGACCGGUGCUCCACCAUCCUUCUGCAGGGCAAGGAGCAGCCCAUGGACGAGGAGUUGAAGGAGGCCUUCCAGAACGCCUACAUGGAGCUGGGAGGACUGGGAGAGAGAGUACUGGGUUUCUGCCACCUGAUGAUGCCAGAGGAUCAGUACCCCAAGGGCUUUGCAUUUGACACCGAUGAUGUCAACUUCCAGACAGACAACCUUUGUUUCGUAGGCCUUAUGUCCAUGAUUGACCCUCCCCGUGCUGCUGUACCCGACGCUGUAGGCAAAUGCAGAUCUGCUGGUAUCAAGGUCAUUAUGGUCACUGGUGAUCAUCCAAUCACAGCCAAGGCCAUUGCCAAGGGCGUUGGUAUUAUCUCAGAGGGCAAUGAGACAGUGGAGGACAUUGCUGCCCGUCUCAACAUUCCCGUCAGCCAGGUCAAUCCCAGAGAUGCCAAGGCCUGUGUGAUCCACGGUACGGACCUGAAGGAUUUGUCUCAGGACCAGAUGGAUGACAUCCUGAGGAACCACACAGAGAUCGUUUUCGCCAGGACCUCCCCACAACAGAAGCUCAUCAUCGUAGAAGGCUGCCAGAGACAGGGAGCCAUUGUAGCUGUGACAGGCGAUGGUGUGAAUGACUCUCCUGCCCUGAAAAAGGCCGACAUCGGUGUGGCCAUGGGAAUCUCGGGCUCAGAUGUGUCCAAACAGGCCGCUGACAUGAUCUUGCUUGAUGACAACUUUGCUUCUAUCGUCACUGGAGUGGAAGAGGGUCGUCUGAUCUUUGACAAUCUGAAGAAGUCCAUUGCCUACACCCUGACCAGCAACAUCCCAGAGAUCACGCCCUUCCUGUUCUUCAUCAUCGUCAACAUUCCCCUGCCCUUGGGAACCAUCACCAUCCUCUGUAUCGACCUGGGAACUGACAUGGUGCCCGCCAUCUCCUUGGCCUAUGAGGCAGCUGAGAGUGACAUCAUGAAGCGUCAGCCCAGGAACCCAGCCAGGGACAAGCUGGUGAACGAGAGGCUUAUCAGCAUUGCCUAUGGACAAAUCGGUAUGAUCCAGGCUCUGGGAGGCUUCUUCUCCUACUUUGUGAUUUUGGCUGAGAAUGGUUUCCUGCCCUCUGUACUAGUAGGCAUCAGGCUCAAUUGGGAUGACCGCUCAGUCAAUGACCUGGAAGACAGCUAUGGACAGCAAUGGACAUAUGAACAGAGGAAGAUUGUGGAGUUCACCUGCCACACAGCCUUCUUUGUCAGCAUCGUGGUCGUGCAGUGGGCAGAUGUCAUCGUCUGCAAGACCAGGCGUAACUCUGUCUUCCAGCAGGGCAUGAAGAACAAGAUUUUGAUCUUCGGCCUGUUUGAGGAGACAGCACUGGCAGCCUUCCUGUCUUACUGCCCAGGCAUGGACGUGGCACUCAGGAUGUACCCAUUGAAGCCUACCUGGUGGUUCUGUGCAUUCCCAUACAGUUUCCUCAUCUUUGUUUAUGAUGAAGUUCGAAAACUGCUCAUUCGCCGAAACCCUGGAGGUUGGGUGGAAAAGGAGACAUACUAUUGAUCGACGGAGAGCUUCUUUAUUCGAAACCCCCCUACAUCGUCCAACCCCCCCCCCUCCACCUCCACGUCACUCCAUCCCCGGCAAGACGCACCCCAGAUGCCCCGCCCCUUAAAAGACAACAACCGCUUCAAAGCAAUUUUCAUCACAAUUGCCCCAAAGAUAAAAAAACAGCAAAGGCACCUUUAUGACUUCUGACAUUGACCAACCUCCGCCCCCCUUCUGCCCCCCCGCAACCCUGCAAAUGCUCCCUUCCCUAACCCGCCCCACCUCCUAUGAUACUCUUUGCAUGUGUUCUCUCACUGCUGUGUACAUAAACCAAUAUAUCUACCAAACGGCAGCUGCAUAUUGUGUAUGUAGAUUUGAAUGAGCUGAGAUGCAAUGGGAGUGUCUACGCUCGGCGAAAAAGGGCCAUCCU